GUUGUCUUAUCUACACAGACGCAGGUUUAAUCCAUUGUGUAUCACUUUUCAUCAUUUUUUACUUUUAAAUCUAUGUAAAUAACUGCAGUAACAUAGACCUUUUUGAAAUACAAUCUUCUAGACAGAUGGAUGAAAGAACCUCUGUGCAGUCUUUCUCCACAAUAAAUGAAACUUUUAUUCGUCCCAGCACAUUUUACAUCAGUGGAAUUUCUAAUAUUCCGCAUGCAAAGUAUUACUAUGUGUUUCUAUGCUUUGUGUAUGUUAUGACAAUUUUAGGGAAUUCUUUCAUAAUGGGCACCAUAUACCUGGCACGUUCUCUCCACACAGCAAAGUACAUAGCUAUCUUUAACCUGGCUCUGUCUGAUCUGUGUGCAAGCACUGCUCUUAUUCCCAAGCUUUUAGACAUGUUUCUGUUUGAGAGGCAGUACAUUUCUUAUGGAGAGUGUCUGGCAAACAUGUUUUUUGUUUUUGUCUUUAUGGCCCAGGAAUCUCUUUCUCUGCUUGCUUUAUCUUAUGACAGACUAAUUGCUAUUUGUUUUCCUCUGAGGUAUCAUGAAAUUGUGACCAAAGAAGCAAUGACAAUGAUCAUUGGUGUUAUGUGGCUUUUCACUGUGUCUGUCUUUGCUCUUCUUGUAUCUCUCAUUACCAGACUGUCCUUUUGUAGAUCCACUACAGUUGAGAGUCAUUUUUGUGACCAUGGUCCUGUCUAUAAACUAGCCUGUAAUGAUUAUUCUGUGAACAAUUUAAUGGCAAUGGUCUGUGUUGCCAUACUAAUUUUCAUUCCAUUAACAUUCAUAACUCUUUCAUACUUUGGUAUUGGUUUGGCUUUACUUAGGAUGUCACAUGAAACUGAACGAACAAAAGCUAUGAAAACAUGUACAGCCCACCUUAUGUUAGUGGCCAUAGGUUAUCUACCAAUUUCAGGUGUCUACAUUGCAACUUAUAUAGCACCUAUAGAUGCAAAUCUCCGGAUUUUUAAUACUGCCAUGACGCAAACUAUUCCACCUAUGUUAAACCCCAUAAUUUACACUCUAAAGACAGAGGAAGUCAUGCAGUCUAUUAAAGUACUGUACAAACGUACCAAAGUAAAGUACUUUUCAAAAUGACAAAUUGUGGUUAUUAUCACUGCUCUCUUUGAUAUACAUAUUAAGUUUUAUAUAAUUCAUGUUUUUUUCUAUAAGUGAACAUACUGAGAGCUGGUUCUAGCUUAGAUGUUGAAAUAAUCUUUGUACAUGAGGAAACCAAAAAUGUUUCAAAUAUAUAAAACAAAGACAUAAGGCAAAAGACAUUUAGAUAUGUGUUACUUUACAUAAAAUUAUGAAAACUUCUUGAGAUUUUUUUUUAAUAUAUAAAAUAAGGUAGCUAGUAUAAAACAUUCUUGUGGAGACUGCAAUAUCAUUAAAGGUAUCAUGUU